AUUUAAGAUAAAUGAAAAAAGCAGAAAAUGGAAAACAAAUUUUGAAAAUAAUAAAAGCAAAAUGGUUUAAAAAAUGAUAAUGAAUAAACCGAUGCUUUUCCUACCAAGUCAUAUCCGAAAAAAGCCUCUUCCGUCGUUGGCGCAUUCUCUCGUUUGCUUAUUUGGUUGUUUUGUUUGUCGCUUAACUGAACCGGCACUUUUUGUUUUGUUUGUACAGGAAGCACAACACGCUGGCUGCCGCGUAAACUGCCUACUGGGUGCAUCGACGAUGCGGUGCUUAAUUGCUGGGCUUUGCGAGAAUUGGUUUGACCAGCAGCCGUAGCAGCAGUAGGCUUUGGUAGCAGCGCGUGGUCAUCCAAGUGGGCUUUAAAUUUUACGGAAUCAGUUCUGAAUCGGUCGCGGAACGGAACGCAGUGGGACAAAGUUCGAUAAAUUCGGUUUGACGUGGACGAACGGUGUUCGGAAGUGAAUUUGUGUGAUUUUUUAAAUUGAUGGAACUGAAAAGGCCUUUUUGGGAGUUAUGAUUUAGUGGUUUGAUAUUUCUGGGAGUAAAGUGCUUUGGAGAGAUAGUCCUAUAAUAAUAAGGGCACUGUGAAAUAAUUAUUGGAAUGUGAGCAGUGAAUCUAUACUUCCGAGGCAAUUAUAAAAAAAGAAUUGGAAGCAGCAUUUGUAACUUCUCAUCUCUAAAACAUGGAUACCAGAACAGAAAAUAUGUAUGAACAACUCCAACGGAAGCCAUGGAAACAAAACGUCCUCCACCGGAUUGGCCUACUGCUUUUGACAAUAGUGCUGGUGCUUGCCGUGACGAUCAUAUUCACGCUUCUCAUUGGAGCUGUGACACGAGCUUUAAUCACUCCUCAAACUGUGCAGGUGGUUUACCACACGGAAACUCACCAUCAUGGGGAUCUCUUGGAUACCGUGCUGAAGCCUAUGAAGCAACUACUAUCGAGCACUCUACAUUUGAUGGGAUUUGAAAAGGAACACAAAUCUCGGCGGAAACGAGAUUUGGACGACGACGACGACAAUCGUAUUCAGAUGGUGGACGACAAUAUGUUGGAGAAGAGUGAACAAUCCGAUGAGGAUUUGAGAACGGUAGAUUUCGGAAGCGGAAUCGAUGGAGCGUUGCAGAGAUUGACGCACAAGAAUUUGACACUCAAGAUAGUGUACGCACCUUUUGGCAAUGAGGGUAACAGGAACGAGAUUAUGCGGUCGAUGCGGAGGAGAAGGAGGCGAAAGCGAAGUGCCGAGAGUGAGAAGCGAAAGGCGCAUGAAUACCAAGAGUUAAGGCGGGAGUAUAGUAAACGGUGCAAGAAGGAAGCUCCCAACGAGAAGGACUGUUCAAGAUACUGCGAGAAGUUUGAACAGUUUCUGAAGGAGACCAAGCAUAGUUAUAAGGAGAUCAAGCAUAAAUUAAGUGGGCUGCUGAAGGAUUGCAAAGGAAAACACGGCGGAGACUUGAAAGGGGAUCUAAGUGAUAGUUUCCCGAAGAGGAAAGAGAACAAGUUGAUUGAUCUAGACUCGGAUGAAAGCUCAGGGAAAGUAAUGAAGAAGGAUAAACCAAUUGAUCAAGCAACAGACAGUACGACGUUGAAUGAGGAUCAAGUAACUACAGUGCAUACUGAGUUGGAACUGACUACCGUGACUGGGAAUUACAGUGAUGCCAGUGAACACGACAAAACAAAUACUCAAAAUCCUGGCAAAGAUACGAAAAACGUGUCAACAGUGCCACCAAUCGAAAAAACUUCUUACAAUCCGUUGAACGCGGAUUUUCAGGAACAAAUAGAACAAUUUGCAGAAAAUUUGGUGGAUGAUACAACGUGGAAAGUUUUGAACACAGCGUCUACGAAAACACCUGAAACAUUAGCAACAACUACCGUCGUUGUUACUUCCACAGAUCAAACCAGUAAAGAUCCAACCUUAGACGAUCUUAUUGAAUCGUUAAAUAAAACCGCAUCCAAUCGUACAGUGCCACAGCCUUUUGAUGCCCAAAGGCACAACCCAGUUGAAGAUGACUGUGUCAAGAACUUGGACGACCUGCUGAAGAAGAUUCCCGAGUUCAAAACAGACGACGAUGAGGACUUGGACUGCAACGAGACCACAACGCAAUCGCCCGAUGAAACUUUAGUCGGGCAGACGCACAUUAGCCACUUCAAAAAGCAAAAUUUGAAGUACAAUCCAGAUGAACAUCGGCCUAAAACUGUUGAAUGUAUCAAAAACAUCGACGACCUUCUGGAGGCGGUUGACAUGGAGCAUGGGGGUUUGAAGAAACCUAAAAAUUGUAAAAUUUCGUCCUCAACGGUUGCUCCCAGUAAACACCGUUCAGAUUCGUCAGCCAGGACCGAAGAUGAAGAGUUCGAUCCAGUUCAAACCCAUGACGAACAGUUGGAUCAAUUUGCAUCUGCUGCAGAGCUGCCCGACUUCAUCAAACCUCCAACUCCAUUCCACGAGGAACAAUUCGAUCAAUCCACUCUUCCCGUAGAAGUUCACGACUUCAUCAUGGGCAGAUCUCGUAAUCGGGAGCAAUUCAACCAUGACAUACCCUCCACAAUCGAUUCUCCGGAUUUCAGAGCCUCCAAAUACUCAGCGCAGCCAACGGUAGCUGCCAGUGGUCCGUUCUUGAAUCUCUGCGAACAGCUACGAAGUCAGCAGCAUGCCGCUCCGAUAAAAACUCUCUCCAGCAAUCAACACCACUUCCAGGCUCAGCAGUACGGUGGAUUGGGGCAGACCAGCAUUCCGGUUACGGGUGAAACGUUGAAAGCGACAUCUCAGGUCCUGGUCAACUCCGCGUACGGAGGUUUCGCUCCGAACCAUUUCUGCUUCUAUCAAGUUCCGCCAACUUACGGCGCCAUGCGGCCGGUCUAUGCUGGAGGCCAGAACUACCCGGCAGGUUUGUUGAAUGUUCCACUCAGCAUUCAGAAGUCAUCUGGACGAAGCACCGGUGACGAUCCGGAUCUUGAAGGUGCCAAGCUGCUGUGUAGUCUGGUUGUGCCACCUUCCACGGAAUCACCGUUAGCGGGCAAUGACUCUUUGAUAUCGCAGGAAGUCUUAGUGGGGGGUGCGAGAGCACGUGGUCACCAUCGGCACUGUCCUCGGGGCAAGGUUCCUUGCGCAGAUGGAAUCCAGUGCGUUCUGAGCUCACACCUGUGUGACUCCAGGGUGGAUUGUUUCGACGGAAGUGACGAAUCGCACUGCUCGUGCUUGUCACGGUUGUCGCAAAAACGACGUUGCGAUGGUUAUGUAGACUGUCCUCUAGGGGAGGAUGAGAUGGGUUGUUUCGGCUGCGACAAGUUCUCGUUUUCGUGCUUCAAUUCGUUCUUCGAACACCAGGCUUCUCAUCACUCCGAGACGAGGUGUUAUACCUUGAUUGAGAAGUGCGAUGGGUUCAACAACUGUGUGAAUGGGAAGGACGAACAGGAUUGUACGAUGUUGGUGCGAGACCUGAGGAGUCCCUUGGCGUUCACGGUUGGGCAUUCGGUAGGAGUUCUUCAUCGGAACCACAAGGGCAAGUGGUAUCCGGUUUGUCAUAACCCGUUGUCGUUGGCGAGAGAAGCUUGCGAAGCGGAACUUGGACCAUCGGAGAGGGAUCCGGUGAUUGUGCAGCACCAUGGAGAUCUACCAGGACCGUUCAUUCAACCGAGUCCCCGAAGUCAUCACGUAUUCCAACCGGAGUUCACGGAUACCUGUAAUGGGUUGAUCAACUACGUCAAGUGUCCAGCUCCAAAGUGUGGCUCUUCAAAGCAGAAUGAGAUGGAACACGCCCGUAUCAAGAUUCGUGGGAAGAGGAAUACUACGGAGAUUGUACAGAUCGUUGGCGGAACGAAAGCUGAAGCGUCCGCUUAUCCGUUUAUCGUUGGUAUAUUCAGAGAUGGCAAGUUCCAUUGCGGCGGAAGCAUCUUCAAUGAACAUUGGAUCGUAACGGCAGCUCACUGCUGUGAUAACUUUCCGAGACACCACUACGAGCUGAGGGCGGGUCUUCUCCGUCGGCGCAGCUUCGCACCGCAGGUUCAGGUAUCCACAGUAACUCACGUGAUCAUUCACCGUGGAUACAGUGCGCAGAAGAUGAUCAACGACAUCAGCUUGAUGCAUUCGGACAGGCCGUUCCAGUACAAUCGAUGGGUAAGGCCAAUCUGUCUACCGAAUCGGCACAUGACGACCAACGAUCGGGACUGGAUUUGGGGACCGAAGCCGGGAACCAUGUGUACUGCCAUAGGCUGGGGAGCACUCCGAGAGCAUGGAGGAUCACCGGAUCAUCUAAUGCAAGUCACAGUGCCGAUCCUGCCGUUCUGCAAACACAGGAACGAUCGCGAUGGUCUCGCUAUUUGCGCUGCCGAACCGAGUGGGGGUCACGACGCCUGCCAGGGAGACUCGGGAGGUCCGUUCGCCUGCAUUAGUGUCACCAGUCCACAUGAGUGGUACCUGGCAGGCGUGGUAAGUCACGGAGAAGGUUGCGCCCGACCUAACGAACCUGGGGUGUAUACUAGAGUGGCACUGUUCAACGACUGGAUCCACAGAAAGACCAGUGAGGUGCUUCCACCAGCCUCUACGCGGAUGGAUUGUCCCGGCUUCCAGUGCUCGGUUGGAGUUUCGUUCUGUAUUCCAAGGCAGAAACGCUGCAACGGAAAGGUUGAUUGUCUUGGUGGAGAAGAUGAAUUGCAUUGUUCGCUGGAUCAACUGCUGGCCGAAACGAUCAAGGAAACUUCUACCGUGACGGUGGCAGCUAACAGCACUGUAGCCAGUUCAACAACGGAGGCUGCUACGACAGCUGUAACUUCAAAGAUCGAUUUUGUCGAGGAGACAGCCGAAACUUCAGAGAAGUCUACUACUGUUACAACUGCUUCCAACGAUGAGACAAGUACGAUAGCAACUACCAUCGAAACAACAUCGGUUUCUACGGAACCAAAGCCUGCGAAAGACCUUGAUAUGAUGAGUGACAGCACUGCGCACAAUAUUACUGAAGUAACUACUGUUGAACCUACAACUACCCAGGAUGAGGAUACGUCUACUUCUUCAACAACAUCUGAGUAUUCAACAACUGAAACAAGCUUUACAAAUCAAACAAAGUUUGAAUCCAGUACUACAUACGAGGUGACGACACGUCAAGUACUUGAAGACAUUUCAGCAUCCCCGGUAUUUAACGAAACAACUUCCACUUUGGAAUACAAUGCAGCAAUGCCCACCGAUCCCUCAACAAUCCCCACUAGUACUUUACCAGCUACCAUUGAUUCCAUAGAUAGCUAUUCUUCAACAGCAAAUCAUUCAUCGGUAGAUUUUAGUAUAACGACGGAACCCACAACCGAAACCAGUCUCCAUACAACCGAAUCAGUGACCGAAUUGUCAACAAGCACUGCUGAAACUUCAUCAAUAGAAACUAGCACUGUGUUGGACACAACGACCAUUAUGGAAACAACCACUCCAUUGUAUUCAUCGAAAAUUUAUGAAACGACAUCAAUGACGCAUGAAACCGAAUCUAGUGAUACAACACAGUCCUCCGAGUUGGCCACAACAGAGUCCACAACAUCUACGACUACCCCAGAUGAAACAACCCCUUUGGUAACUACUGAGUCAGAACAUUCGUCAACUACAACAUCUCCUUUCUGGAUGCAGGUCAACGAAGCCAUCUCCAAGUUGAAACCACAUUUUCCAAGUAUGCAUCGCGAGAUGGAGGACCGCAACCAGCAACAGUACGACAGUAUCAGAGCAACUCUGUCGGAUAACGCUACGUCAACAACAACGCCCAUACCUAAAACCUCCUAUGAUACUUCUACAACUGAACUUGCCACUUCUACAACCGAUUCUACCAGUUCUACAUCUAUUUCGCCAUCUACCGUGGAGAGUUCUAGCACUGUUCCCCACGAUCAGGAAUUCAGUGAAACCCAAAUAGAACCCGUGAAAGCUGAAACUACGAACGCGACAGCUGAACAGCAUCCCUUUUUCCGAGAAAUUCACGACCUAGUCGAAGAGAAAACCCGCCGGCUGAACCAGUUCCGAUUGUCCAUGCACUACCUGCACACUUCGUUGAAGAACCAAACGCUGGACACGAACGAAACCUCCUACCGGUACAAGCGGUUCGUCUGUUCCAAAAUUCCCCAAACGAUCAACAUUGCGCAUCACUGCGAUCGCAUCAUCGACUGCGAAGACGGUACGGACGAGUUGCGGUGCACGUGUCGCGACUAUCUCAAGGACAAGUACGACUUCCUGAUCUGCGAUGGGAAAACCGAUUGCUUGGAUUUGACCGAUGAGGACGACUGCUUUUCUUGCGCCACCGGUCAGUACCCUUGCCGAAUGAGCAAAGUCUGCAUCGACGAGAAGAAACUGUGCGAUAACGUUCCGGAUUGUCCGUUGCAUGAAGAUGAGCUCGAUUGCCUUGCCCUUACCGAUGGUCACAAGGUCUACUUUGAUGCGAACAACCUCACAGAGUUCAAGUACGAAGGCUUGGUCACCAAGAAUACGAACGGAACGUGGGAUCUAAUCUGUGGAGCGGAAGUUAACAACAAGUCAGUUGAUUCGAUCGGGAAAAUAUGCUCUUUUCUGGGAUUUGCAGGUUACAAGAGCUACUACCAAACCAUCCUGACGCCGCUGGUCAACGAAACGGUUGAUUUGGAACACCAACCUCUGUUGAUCAUGUCGUAUCGGAACGUUUCAUCCGAGCCGAACUGCAAGGCCCUUCACAUAACCUGCGUACCAUUCAUCAAUGCCACCGAACACGAAAUCAGUCACUACGAGAACCAACACAAGGAACAACCAGUGCAAGUAAACAUUCGUCCAACGAAUCCAAUCAAGAACAUUUCCUCCCAAGCAUACAUAACCUUCAACGAAAAUGCUCACAUCGAGUUCAUUGAGAACUUCGGCGAUGACUACGAUUGGCCGUGGAAUGCGGACAUCUAUCUGGAAGGCGUCUUCCUGUGCAGUGCGAUCAUUAUCGACGUCAACUGGAUCGUAGUGGACAGUUCCUGUAUGCGAAUGAUCAACUUGAAGAAUGAUUACCUCUCGGUGGUGGCCGGAGGAGCCAAGUCAUACCUGAAGAUUUCGGGACCGUACGAUCAGGUUGUCCGAGUGGAUUGCUAUCACUUUUUACCGGAGCCGAGAGUUGUAAUGCUUCACUUGGCGAAAAAUUUGACCUUCACUCGACAUGUCUUGCCGACCUUCAUACCGGAACAGAACCAUAACAUCGAGGACAAUCAGUGCCUGGCCGUUGGGCAGGACAAAUACGGCCGGACCCGAACGUUGCGAGUCCACAUGAACAUGACGAAUUGCGAACCAUUCCAUGUUUGCUACCAGCUCAAUCCUGACAGGGGCAUAUACCAUGCUGAUCACUGCUAUUCAGAAAAUGCAUCACGGACCGGAGUCGUCGUUUGUAAGUCUAAAAUCUCCGGUUGGUACCCAGUGGGUUUCUAUCAGAACAAGCAUGGUCUCUGUGGGUUCAACGAGGUCGUCAAAAUGAUAUCCCUCAAGGAGUACUACACCGAUAUUCAGCACGUUCUGAACCACGAGAAAUGCAACGAAUUUCCGGAGCCACUUUGCGAUGGUCUGCGCUGUUGGCUGGGCAAAUGUAUCGGACAUUCGUUGGUCUGUGAUAACAAGAUGGACUGCGACGAUAACUCCGAUGAGCGCCCCGAAGCGUGCAAUGCAAUAAACGACACGUCCACUGCCUGUCUACCGACGCAGUUCCGGUGCGGAAAUCAUCAGUGCGUGGACAAGAGCAAGUUCUGCGAUGGGCGGAACGAUUGCGGUGACUUGUCGGAUGAACCUCACGAGUGCUCUUGCUACACGUAUCUCAAAGUUACCAAUCCAUCCAAGAUUUGCGACGGCGUUCGCAACUGUUGGGAUAAGUCUGACGAGAAUCCGCGUCUCUGCAAGUGCGAGCAAACCAGCUUCGUGUGUGGUGACAGCGAUAUUUGCAUCCCAUACGAUCACGUCUGCGAUGGCGAGAUCGACUGUCCCGGAGAGGAAGAUGAACACUAUUGCUAUGCCCUGCAGCAAAAUCCAGCGGAGACCAACUACGGUGAAGUUAUGCAGCAAAGCCACGGCAUUUGGCACUCCAUGUGCUUCCCCAAGGACGGCCAGUAUGACGAGCAAAAGAUCAAGGAAAUAUGCCACAGCAUCGGUUAUCGAAAGAUUCGAAAAGUCUUCGGCAGGAAAAUGAUUCAAGAGUCCCGACUGCGGACUUCCAACCGUACGCACAAUCCGGUCGAUAGGAUGCGCGGGGCAGCAACCAAAGCGGUUGUACUGAACAAAUUUUCCAAAGUGAGGAUCAAUGGGAAGCAGACGUUCUUCAUGAAACCCAGUAGGCCGUUGUAUACCCUGGUUCACUGGGAUGCCGAAGAUGAGACGCGGUGCGAUCGACUGGAGAUCAAUUGUGGAGAUUAAACA